AUGUUCCGUUCCAAGACCCCCGUCCUUUCACCCGAGGCGAAGGCCUCCCUUUACAGAGACCACGAGAGGAAAGUGGGCGAAGGAUUGGCUGGUGUUGUGUACCUCACGAAGUUCGAAGGCGAGGAAGUUGUCAUUAAGGAGUGCAAAGGUCGUGCCGCUUUUGCCAUCCACGAGGCCGAACAGGAUGCCCUGGAGGCACUCGAAGGAGUUGACGGAGUUCCCAGGAUCCUCGGCGUGAGCUACGACCAGCCCCUUAUCCUGCUGAUGAGGUUCUGUGGGGAAAAGACAUUAGGGGAUGUGAUCAGCGGCCCAAAAUUCCCGGACAGUAUUUACCUCUCCCUCCUGCGGUCUUUGGCGACGACCCUCUCGGGCAUCCACGCGCGGAAUUACGUCCACAACGACCUGAAGACCGACAACAUCGUUGUCGACCGAGACCCGCCUGACGAAGGAGCCCGCGCGUACAUCAUCGACUUCGGACUCGCGCGACAAGUGGGCGAAAUACUCGUUACGAAUGCCAUCCGGUACGGCUACCACGAAAGCUUCUUCUGGAUGCCGCCCGAGAACUUCCAGAUGAAAGCAUGCGCAACUGCCGGUGAUCUGUGGUCACUUGGUUACGUAGUCCGGGAAGUGCUUCGGGAGGUUCAGUGGGAUAGAUACCCGAAAUGCUUGGACACCGUCGUGGACAAGUGCAUGGUGGUAGAUCCCAGCCAGCGCAUGGCCAUCCCUGAAGUUAUUAAUUACAUCGACGACGCUGCCGGUACUAUGAAUAAUGUUGAUUAA